AUGGUGAUAGGAAGCCGCAAAAAAGAUGAGGAUGCCAUGGAAACACAACUCUUCUUUGAUAUGCUGAUGAUGGCCUUAGUUACUAGUCAAGAGAGAAAUGAAAAAGAAUGGGCUAAACUCUUUUUCGAUGCUGGUUUUAGCGACUAUAAGAUAAAACCCAUGCUAGGUUUAAGAUCCAUCAUUGAGAUUUUUCUAAGAAACUAUAUGCUUCGACUGUCGAAACAAUGGGGUGGAACAAGAACAGUGGCUAAAGCCAUAGCUAAAGAAUUCCCUCAAUUGGAAUGCAUUGUAUUUGAUCUCCCACAUGUGGUGGCUGGUCUUCCAGGUACUAACAACUUGAAAUAUGUUGGUGGCAGCAUGUUUGAGGCAAUUCCACCUGCAGAUGCAAUUUUAUUGAAGUGGAUUAUGCACGAUUGGAGCCAUGAAAACUGUGUUAAGAUACUGAAGCAAUGUAAAGAAGCAAUUAAGGGCAGAGAAGGGGGAAAGUUGAUUAUUAUAGAUAUGGUGAUGGAGACGAAGCAGAAAGAGGAUCAUGAGUCAAAUGAAACAGAACUCUUGUUUGAUAUACUCAUGAUGGUCUUGUAUAAUAGUCAAGAGAGAAACGAGAAAGAAUGGGCUCAACUAUUUUUUGAUGUUGGCUUCGGUAAUUAUAAGAUAAUCCCCAUGCUAGGUUCAAGAUCUAUCAUUGAAGUUUGUCUUUAA